AAAAAUCCCGUGGACCGCUCGUGCACCGCUUCCCCUUCCUCCCCUUCCUUCUCCUCACUUUUCGCGGCAACCUCAGUGAAGUCAGCGAGGUGAUAGCGCCAGCAAAACCCUGAACCCCUCCAACCACCGCAGCCGCAAUUCCGCCGCCGCCGCAGCCACGUUGGCCGGCGGCCUACUGGGGGUGCUGGAGGCGCGAUUGAUGAGCCCUGCAGCCGACGCCGCGGGCAGCGAUGCACAGGCUCGUACCCCGCGCCGCCGCCUCCUUCCUCGGCGCCCCGCCGCUGCUCACCACCCAGGCGGGCCCGCUUCUCGCCGCGCGUUCGGGCCCACCAAACCCUAGCCGCCUCCGCCUCCGCCUCUCCCCGUGGCGGCUGCUGCGCUCGAGGAGGGGGCUCUCCUGCUCCGCCGAUGCGGCGAAGAGGUGCGGGGAUGAUGAUGCCGAGGAGGAUGGCGAGCAGAGCGUCGCCGGGGGAGGUGGGAGCCGUCCGGUGGUGGAUAGGAGGCAGAGAAGUCGGGGCGAUGCGGCGAUGGGGAGCGGCGAGCUGCUCGCGAUUCCUGGAGUCGGGCCGCGCAACCUGAGGAAGCUCGUGGACAAGGGAUUCGAUGGCGUGGCACAGCUCAAGCAGCUGUACAGGGAUAAGUUCUUUGGCAAGUCCAAUGAGAAAAUGGUUGAGUUCUUGCAAAGUUCUGUUGGCAUCAUACACAAGAAUCAUGCUGAGAGUAUAACUUUGUUCAUUAAAGAAAGUGUUGAUGAAGAGCUGAAAGGAACUGACUCACCAAAUGUUUCCAAAAAUAAGAGGCUGACCUUUUGUGUGGAAGGGAACAUCAGUGUCGGAAAAACUACAUUCCUUCAAAGAAUUGCCAAUGAGACCAUCGAAUUACGUGACCUUGUAGAGAUAGUGCCUGAACCUAUUGCUAAAUGGCAAGAUGUUGGCCCUGAUCACUUCAACAUACUUGAUGCUUUCUAUGCUGAGCCACAGAGGUAUGCAUACACUUUCCAGAAUUAUGUGUUUGUUACAAGGGUCAUGCAAGAGAAGGAAUCUUCAAGUGGCAUAAAGCCUCUCAGGUUGAUGGAAAGAAGUGUUUUCAGUGAUAGAAUGGUUUUUGUUCGUGCUGUCCAUGAAGCCAACUGGAUGAACGAGAUGGAGAUCAGCAUCUAUGACUCCUGGUUUGACCCAGUGGUGUCAUCACUCCCAGGACUUAUUCCAGAUGGUUUUAUUUAUCUAAGAGCUAGUCCCGACACUUGCCACAAAAGAAUGAUGGUUCGGAAAAGAUCUGAAGAGGGUGGUGUUACUCUUGAUUACCUUCGAGGUUUGCAUGAGAAACAUGAGAGCUGGCUGCUUCCUUCCAAAGGACAAGGUCCUGGUGUAUUAUCGGUCAGUCAAGUUCCAGUCCAUAUGGAGGGCUCUUUGCCUCCGGAUAUAAGAGAACGAGUAUUCUACUUAGAAGGAGAUCAUAUGCAUUCUAGUAUCCAGAAGGUUCCUGCUCUGGUCCUCGACUGCGAACAUGACAUUGAUUUUAACAAGGAUAUUGAAGCCAAACGACAAUAUGCCCGACAAGUUGCGGAGUUCUUUGAAUUUGUAAAGAAAAAGAAAGAAGAUCCUUCUGCGGAGUCAAGUGGUGGUGAUAAGAGUACCAACAAACAGAUUAUGCUUCCCCACAGAGGUGGUUUGUGGGUUCCCGAAGGUAACCCUUUACCAGGAUCUGCUCUGAACUCUCUGGAUUUCAGAAGAGCAAUGUCUUCCUUCCUCUCAGCUUAGGGGCCAACAUCCCAUAUGAAAUAGCCAAUUCCUGGCCACCAUAUGUUCCAGUAUUACAAAUUCUGAAUGGUCCAUCGUCACAUCUGCGUCUCAGAUAGCCUUGAACUGACGACCCUGUAAAUGCUGAAGAUUUAUUGAAAUAUAGGUUUCUGUAUAGCGCUAGCCAAUGCUGUACAAUAGUAGUAUCAAACUCGUCCAUGUAAAUGUUCACUCUUCUUCGUCGUCAAUAAAAGGCGUCCCUGUAAAUGAUUAUUUGGCUGCU